CCCCGGACGCCCGCUGUCAAUCGGGCCAGGUGGGAGCGGUGAUUGGCCCCGUGCCCCGCCCUCCAGAAAGCCCCGCCGGGCUUGCGCAGGCUGCACGUUUGGGAGGGAGGGGAGCGGCGCCGCGUCUGGAGUCGCAGCCGUCCGGGUCCUCCAGCCCGCCCGCCAGCCCUCCGGUCCAUCCUGCAGCCAGCCUGCUGGGCGGGCCGGCGCGGCCUGGCCAUGGAGUCCUACGACAUCAUCGCCAACCAGCCCGUGGUCAUCGACAACGGUUCAGGGGUGAUCAAAGCUGGCUUUGCAGGAGACCAGAUUCCCAAAUACUGUUUCCCAAACUAUGUCGGGCGGCCCAAGCACAUGCGGGUGAUGGCCGGAGCCUUGGAGGGGGACCUCUUCAUUGGACCGAAAGCAGAGGAGCACCGGGGGCUGCUGACCAUCCGCUACCCCAUGGAGCACGGCGUGGUGCGAGACUGGAAUGACAUGGAGCGCAUCUGGCAGUACGUCUACUCCAAGGACCAGCUGCAGACCUUCUCGGAGGAGCAUCCUGUACUCCUCACGGAGGCCCCGCUCAACCCCAGUAAGAACCGGGAGAAGGCAGCGGAGGUGUUCUUUGAGACCUUCAAUGUGCCAGCCCUGUUUAUCUCCAUGCAGGCUGUGCUUAGUCUGUACGCAACGGGACGCACGACAGGAGUGGUUCUAGAUUCGGGGGACGGGGUCACUCAUGCCGUGCCUAUCUAUGAGGGCUUUGCCAUGCCACACUCCAUCAUGCGGGUGGACAUUGCCGGCCGUGACGUUUCCCGCUUCCUCCGACUGCUGCUGCGCAAGGAAGGGGUUGACUUCCACACCUCAGCAGAGUUUGAGGUUGUCCGGACCAUCAAAGAGCGAGCCUGCUACCUUUCCAUCAACCCACAGAAGGACGAGGCUCUGGAGACGGAGAAGGUGCAGUACACCUUGCCAGACGGCAGCACACUCGACGUUGGGCCUGCGAGAUUCCGGGCCCCCGAGCUGCUGUUCCAGCCGGACCUUGUAGGGGAUGAGAGCGAGGGGCUCCACGAGGUGCUGGCCUUCGCCAUCCACAAGUCUGACAUGGACCUGCGCCGGACACUGUUCGCCAACAUUGUGCUUUCAGGUGGCUCAACUCUUUUCAAAGGCUUCGGAGACCGAUUACUCAGUGAAGUGAAGAAGCUUGCCCCAAAGGACGUCAAAAUCAAGAUCUCGGCCCCGCAGGAACGGCUGUACUCCACAUGGAUUGGCGGCUCCAUUCUGGCCUCACUGGACACUUUUAAGAAGAUGUGGGUGUCCAAAAAGGAAUAUGAAGAGGAUGGCUCCCGUGCCAUUCAUCGCAAAACCUUCUAGUGCCCAAGGACAGUGGGCAUAUUGGGAGACGGGGAGGGAGGGGAGUCAGAGCCUUUGACCCUUUUUGGUCUGGGCUCAUAUACUAGGCUUAGGGUCCCCUGCAUGCCCUGAACCCCUGGGCAGGUGGGCACAGCAGUGUCCCCCUGCAGCCUUCCAGCUUUGGGGACUGGGUUGGAGGGGGCAGCCAGCAGCUCCCUCUGGCGUGUCAGUGCAUCCAUUGCUACCUCCUGUUCAUGACCCAAUAGGACAGCUCAGCUGCUUUCACCCUCUGUUCUCCCAUCUUCCUGGGUAGAUGCCCUGGUGCAAGGCUGAGUACUGAGUGGUCUUCCAUCCCCAACAAGUGGAUGCAGCCCAGAGUCAGGCCCUGCAGAGCCAGGGCAGAGGACGCACGGUGCCCGGAGCUGCUGCGUGUUCCCCUUCAGAGCACUUCAUCGACUUGCUUCUCCCUCUCCUUUACCCUUGGGCAGGAAAAGGUUAAUGCUCGUCAUUUAUUAAGGGGAAGCCACUUAAUAAGGAGUCAGACCUAAAAGGGGGUGAGGGACAUUUUCUUCUCUCACCUCCCCAAAGAAAGAAGUUGUCACUUUUGCUGUGGCCAGGGGCCCACCUCCCUCUCUCAGAUAUGUACAAUAAUUUAACACAGUUGCCUGAAAAAAAAACUUUUGUAAAUCAUUAUAUUAACAAUUAUGGACAAGGCCCA